UGACACACGCGAUCUUUGACGUAAAGCUAUUUUCAGGAGCUCGCGAGCGUACAGUCUGUGGCAGAGACUGACAAUGAAGACCAUAAACAUAAUUUGACGUCGGCAAAGUCGCGUUUGAGGAUGGAAAUUAUGGAUAAAAUACCCGAAAUACUGUCGUCGGAGCUUUUUCACAGGCGCAGACAGGUCGAAGUCAUUUUAAAUCGCACCGCUUUAUCGUGGAGGGAAAUAAGGAAGAACAGGAAACGAAGCUCCCGCAUCACCAACAUCUCUCAAUCAGCACAGAGCCAUGCUGUUCCAGUGUGUGAAAUUGUGGCUGUCCACAAGAUGGAGGACAAACGCACGGAGACCAGCAGGAGUUCAAGUCAAAAAGACCCAAACCAGGACAAUCUUCAUGCAUUCACAGUUUCGUAUGUGAGGAGGACAAGUCGGCACCAGUGGCGAUGUAAUGAUAUCACGUUCCACUGCACCAGUCAGGCACUGUGUCAGCAAUGGAUCCAAGCUAUCAACGAGCAGUUGUCAUUACUCCUCACCCGACCGAAGAGCUUGCUGGUGUACAUUAAUCCCUACGCAGGCAAGAAACACGGAAAGCGUAUUUACAAGCAGAAGGUGGCUCCACUGUUUCGCUGCGCCUCCAUCUCAGCUGACGUUAUUGUUACGGAGUAUGCCAAUCACGCCAGAGACCACUUGAAAACUGAGGCCAAUCUAGCUAAAUAUGACGGGGUGGUGUGCGUGGGCGGAGACGGGAUGUUCAGCGAGAUCUUGCAUGGGUUGGUCACCAGGACCCAAACUGACCACGGUGUGGACCAGAACCAACCCGAUGCAGACUUGGUGCCGUGUUUGCUACGUGUAGGAAUCAUUCCAGCAGGGUCCACUGAUUGUAUCUGCUUUGCCACAGUGGGAACCAAUGAUCCAGUUACUUCUGCUUUACACAUCAUUGUGGGGGAUUCCCAGCCAGUGGACACGUGUUCAGUUCACCACAACAACAUCUUCCUCAGGUACUCCGUCUCGUUGCUUGGGUAUGGUUUCUAUGGAGACGUACAGGUUGAUAGCGAGAGGAAGCGAUGGUUGGGUCCUGCUCGGUACAACCUGUCAGGAGUAAAAAUCUUUCUGAGCCACAACUACUAUGAAGGCACCAUCUCGUUCCUCCCCGCCGAGGAGAACGUGGGGAACCCCAGAGACAAUCUGCAGUGUCGAUCCGGGUGCCACGUCUGUCAACACAAGGCCUCAUUAAAGGACACCUGCUGUGACACAGCACAAGAGGAAAAGCCAGAUAAAGGUGCGGGCCUGGAUGGCAGUGGUGGUUGGUGUGUGAUUCAGGGGAAGUUCAUCGCCAUCAAUGCAGCCAGUAUGAGUUGCGCUUGUCCCCGCAGUCCACAGGGCCUGUCUCCUUCCGCCCACCUCGCUGAUGGAACCGCAGACCUCAUACUCGUUCGGAAGUGUUCCCGUUUGGACUUUUUCCGACACCUCUUUCGACACACCAACGAGAACGACCAGUUUGACCACUCCUUUGUGGAGGUGCACCGAGUGCAGAAGUUCCAUUUCCAGCCGUGGUGCAACGACUUCAUUUCAGAUAAAGACCUGACCGAGACGGGAAAGAAAGGCUCAUUCGGCCCCAUAUGCUCCGCCCCUACAACCUGCAAGAAUAGCUCCACCCUCAGCAGCUGGUCCUGCGACGGCGAGAUCCUGCCUCACACAGACAUUCAAGUCAGUGUCCAGCACCAGCUGAUCCGACUGUUUGCCCGCGGCAUUGAGGAGCAGCAGCAGUGCACGUUUGAAGACUGUUACACCGUGAGCCCCAGAGCAACAUGCACGCACAUCAGUGAGAUCAAGAGCUGGACUCCAAAUCUUCGAGUAUAACGUCAAAAAACAAAACCACAACAACAAAAAAAAAAACAAA